UAAUGUAAUAAAUCAUAAGUAUUGCUUUGAUUUUGCUGUUUGUAAAUGGAAGAUCAUACACAUCAUACAAACAAUGCGAUGCAACAUGGGGAUCAGAUAAAUUAGGAACAGGAUCUAGUUCAAUUUGUUCAAAUGGAAGUUUGAUCUCAUCAAUAGCUAUGAUAUUUAACACAUAUGGAGUAACAACAGAUGGGGUCACAACUCCAAGAACAAUGAAUUCAUGGUUAAAGAGAAACAACGGCUAUGCUUCAGGAGAUCUUUUUAUUUGGUCUUCUAUCUAGGAUUUUGGAUUUAUUUAUUAAGGAAAAUUUUCCGCAUCUUAAGCAAAAUGUAUAUAGAUUAAAUUAUUUAAGUAAAAUUUGAUAGAGGAGAUCAUGUGAUUCUUAGUGUAAAUGAAGGGGCUCAUUAUGUUUUAAUGACAUCAUAUUCAGGAGAUACUUUUAACGUAAAUGACCCAGGAUAUUCAAAGACGACUUACCCUUAAACUUCAGUCAUUUAAGCUCCUAUUUACACAUAUAGUAAAAUGAGUUAUUUCAAGAAUCAUAUUUUGAGAUUGGAAUGAUUAAUAUUAAUAAUUUAAUUUGAAUUAAUUGUGAG